AUGAGCGGAGCUAGAACUGGUAAAUCCUUGACAAAAUAUAAGAUUGUUUUUCUAGGUGAGCAAGGUGUCGGGAAAACCUCUCUUAUAACUAGGUUCAUGUACGAUACUUUCGACGAUCACUACCAAGCAACGAUCGGUAUUGAUUUCCUUUCCAAAACGAUGUACCUUGACGACAAAACCAUCAGGCUGCAGCUAUGGGAUACAGCAGGGCAAGAGCGUUUUAGAUCUUUGAUUCCCUCCUAUAUUCGGGACUCUCACGUCGCGAUUGUCGUUUAUGAUGUCACAAAUAAGAAGUCUUUCGAGUAUAUUGACAAAUGGGUGGAAGAUGUGAAAAAUGAAAGAGGUGAAGAGAAUGUAAUUCUGUGCAUUGUCGGAAACAAAAACGAUCUGGUUGAUGAAAGGCAAGUUUCAACCGAGGAAGGAGAGAGGAAAGCUCAGGUUUUGAAUGCUAAGAUCUUCAUAGAAACCUCAACUAAAGCAGGAUUUAACGUCAAGAAUCUUUUCAAGAGAAUAGCGAAAUCUUUACCAGAGUUUCAAAAUUCUACAAAUGUGCCACUAGAUAAUGAAAAUGCUCAAAGUAAGCCUGAUGUUAUUGACAUUUCAACAAAUUCCGCAGAGCAGGAACAAUCGGGGUGUCAAUGUUAG